AAAAAAAUGAGGUAAUAUCCAUUGGAGGUAAAAAAAACGAAGAGCAAGUUAAAAGAAGUGAAGUUCAAAGUUUGAAGCAGAAAAGUUGAAGUGAAGUAAGGUCGAUUCCUUCACACACAAAAAAUGACGCUGGACGAUGAUAGCUCCAUAUACGUUGGAGGCCUUCCCUACGACGCCAACGAAGAUACAAUUCGCACUGUCUUCAAUUUGUAUGGCGCUAUCCUUGAUGUCAAGAUUAUCAAUGACCAACGUACAGUAGGCAAAUGCUAUUGUUUUGUUACUUUCACAAGCCCUAGGUCAGCAAUUGAUGCUAUCAACGACAUGAAUGGAAGAAGUAUUAGUGGGCGUGUGGUCAAAGUUAAUGGGGUCAAGUCUCGCGGUGGUGGUGGUGGCGGCGGUGGUAGGUCAAAUUUUGGGAGAGAAAGAGAACGUUAUUAUCAUCAUAAUGAUGAAAGGAAUGGUGAUUGGGAUCGUGGUCGAGAUAGAGAGAUUCGAGACCAAGAUUAUGAUCGUGGCAGUGGCAGAGAUCAUAUUCGAGAGCAAAAUUAUGAUCAUGGUAAUGAGAAAGAUGGAUACAGGAGUAGAGGCGGUGAUUGGAGUCGACAUGGUGAUAGGUCCCGAGACCGUGAUAGGUCUCGGGAUCGUGAUAGGUCCCGAGACCAUGAGAGGGGUAGGGAUAGGAGAGUUGAACAUGUGCAAGAUUAUGAUGAUCAAGGUAGAGAAAGCAUGUUAGAUGAUGAUUGGAAUCGUGAUGAUGAUAGGGCUGAAAAUCAACAAGAAAACAGUAGGGUACAUGGUGGAGAUGUGGAUAGAGAGCAUAACUUGGAUGUGGAUACCGAGAGAAAGAUGGAUAGGGUUAGUGAUCCUGAUAAAAAUUUUGAUGAACCUAAAAGAGAGCCGCCAAGGAGAAACAUAGAUUUGAAUGUGACAAAUGAAAAUAGUCCAUCAGAUUCUACUGAUGACCACAAUGAUGAGGCAGAAGAUGAGUUAGAGCAGUCAAUGCAAGAACUUGAUAAACUAAAAAAGGAGGUUUCUAAGCUGGAAGAGAGAGUGGAAGAAAGAAGAGUUAAUGUUACGGAGUUGCAAAAACACUCUAAGAAACUAGAGGAUGCGGUGAUUUCUGCAAAGAAACAAUCUCUAUAUAGCCAGAUGCAGUUGACCAAGCUGCAUGAGUGUUAUCUUCAAGUGCAAGAUUCCACAGAGAGACUUAAAACCAGUGAAAAAGAAUUCCAGGCUCUAGUUGAUUCGGUAAUGUUUGAGAGUGAUGGUGAUGGUCUUGGACAACUUACAAAUGGAAGUCUUGAUGGUAAAUAGUUGUCACCAUAUUACCAAAUAUAUGGACAAAUACGAAACAGUUUUUGUACCAUUUGUUGUCUCCUUAAUUGCUAAAAUGGUUUUACUAUGUCCAUUGGCUUCAUGUAUGAUUAGAAAUUUCAUUGGUUACUUUUGCAAUUCAUGCUAAUCUGUUCGAAGAAAUUUUGUACCAACAGUAAAAUCAGAUAUGUUUCGGGUUGAAAUUACUUAUUUUUAUCGUAGCCAAACGCCAUUUUUAUUGUCGAACCCCGUUUGAAUUUUGUAGAUCCACGGAUACUGCUUCUCUCACCAUGAAAUCAUAUAUGUUUGGCUCCACAAAUUCGAGUAGCUAUAAAUGAUUGUGGAGGUGAAUAAUUGAUUUUAGUUUUUUUCUAUUUUGGAGUAAAAUUGAUUUUGCUUUUAAAAUUGAUAAUAACAAAAUCUGUAACAAA